CUGUUCUCGUGUUAGAAACAGUCCGAUUAUUCGAAAAUAUAGCUCUAAUGUCAGUAUUUUUCAAGGGAGGUAACCAUUUGUGCAGACAUGGCCUCUGCCACACCAGAGAGUGAAGAUGCUGCUGAGUGCGGUCUGGAGGAGCUUGAUGACAUCAUCACUCAACCUGCUGGUGGAAUGACCAUGCUGCCCAACACAGCGUAUGACGAGGUGUAUGACAAUCUCCUUGUUGGGGAUGAAUCUGAUGCAGCUCCGACGGCUUGGGUCACUCACAUCCUCAAUGCUGCCCACGGUGUCGAUAUCCAUCAUGUAAACACCAAUGAGGACAUGUAUAGGAAGCUCAAGGUCACUUUCAAGGGCAUUGAAGCCAUUGAUCACAUGAGUUUUAACCUUUACCCUUUCUUCCAAGAGUCAGCUGACUUCAUUGAGAAAGCAUUGGACAAUGGGGGAAAAGUUCUGGUCCACUGUAUACAGGGAGUAAGUCGAUCUGCCACUUUAGCUGUGGCAUUCCUGAUGCUCAAACGUCACAUGACAGUCAAAGAUGCUCUCCGAUUGGUCAGGAGCCAUCGAGAGGUGUGCCCGAAUACAGGUUUCCAACAACAGCUAAUUAAACUGGACUCACAGCUUAGACUGCAACGACAUGAUAAACUACAAACAGAGUGAUGAAGGGCCAAGUUUAAACAACUUAAUUCUGCAUCAAAACAAUCAUGGAUGGGUUUGUUCUCAGUACUGCUCAGAUUCAACAGUUCAAAUGUGAAUAAAUGUAAUAGUCAAGACAG